AACAGCUAGCUGCAGACGGACGGUGUCGGGGGAUCUCCAAAACUCUUUCUAUCUUCGUUCUUCAUCCAUUUUAUCCACCGGUUUUACAGCAGAAAUGGCGAAUACUGACGUCACAGGAAUCUUGGAAAGCUUUUCGCUAUCCAAGUCCAACUUACAGGAGAUCUCUCAGCUCAUGCGACAGAACAUGGACAGAGGCCUAAACAGCGCCACCAAUGCUUCGGCUAUAGUCAAGAUGUAUCCAAGCUUUGUACGCUCUCUUCCUGAUGGCACAGAGAAGGGCGAUUUCUUUGCCUUGGAUCUUGGUGGUAGCAACUUUCGUGUGCUUCUUGUGCAGCUCCUUGAUGGUGAUGUCAAAAUGAAGAGCAAGAUUUAUAAGAUCUCGCAGGAAACGAUGACAGGAACUGGGGAGCAGUUGUUUGACAGUAUUGCUGAUAGCCUCGCUGAAUUCAAAGCUGAACAGGGACUCGGUGACACUGAUCUUCCCCUUGGGUUUACAUUCUCCUUCCCCUGCAAGCAAAUGGGAUUAGCCACAGCCACACUAGUCAAGUGGACUAAGGGAUUCACAGCUUCAGAUGUUGAAGGCAAAGAUGUUGUCCAACUUCUUAAAGAAGCUUGUAAGAGGAAGAAUGUGAAUCUGCAGAUUGUCGCCCUAGUAAACGACACUGUUGGAACUCUGAUGUCAUGUGCAUACUCAUGCAGGGAUGCCUACAUUGGGCUCAUUCUCGGAACUGGAACUAAUGCAUGUUACAUGGAGAAGUUGUCUGAUGUAGGAACAUGGACUGGUGACGACAAAGAGCCUAGGGAAGUCGUUAUCAACAUGGAAUGGGGAGCAUUCGGUGACGAUGGGUGUUUGGAUAAAUACAGGACGGAGUUUGAUGGAGAGAUGGAUGACCUCACUCUAAAUAAGUCCAAGCAACUGUAUGAAAAGAUGAUCUCUGGGAUGUACUUGGGAGAAAUUGUGAGGUUGGUCUUGGUCAAGCUGGGAUCCGCGGGACAUCUCUUUGGAGGAAAAGUCUCUGAAGAUCUCAAGACAUCCUGGAAGUUUGAAACGCGCUUCCUCACAGACAUUGAAGGCGAUGCAAGUAGUGAGAAUGCAGAAUGCAGGAGCAUUCUAACCAACCUUGGGCUGACCACUUCCCCAUCCGACCUUACCAUCGUCCGCAGCGUCUGUGUUGCUGUGUCGACCCGUGCCGCCAAGCUAGCCGUAGCCGGCCUGGCAGCGGUCAUCUCGAAGAUCGGACUUAACGAGCUGACCAUAGCGGUAGAUGGCUCCCUCUACAAAAAGCAUCCCACAUUCAAACCAAACAUGGAGCAAUUCCUUAAAGAACUUGUGCCGAGUGUGAGCGUUAAGCUCAUGUUGUCUGAGGAUGGUAGUGGGAAGGGGGCAGCACUGGUGGCUGCCGUCGCAGCUAGACUAUCAAGCUAGAUCACUACCACAAUCUUCCGGGACCAAUUUCUUACAUAUUUUUGUCUUUUUGUUCAUUUUCUUUAAAGGCAUUGGACACUAUUGUUAAUUACUCAAAAUAAUUGUUAGCAU